UGGAAUUUGGCCAAAAUAUAGGCAAAAUCUAUGGCCAAACAUGUGUUUGCCAAAUAAAACCCAAGUUUAUUUUGACAAAAUCUAUAGCCAAACGAGUCCUUACUUUUCCCACCAAAAGGAAAACACAGUUUCCUCAACAGCUUUUAUCUCUCUCCACGUGUACGUAACGUAAAUCUAGGCCGUCCGUGACAGAUGGCAAGGUUAGUAUGUCGGGCAGCAUAUAUGAUGAAAAUCUCAACCGUGUGAUUUAGAAUAAAGGGCUCAAAAACUGCCCGAAACAGAAAGGGGCAGAUCUUGUUGUCUUUAAGAGGAGAUCGUGGCCUUCACAUUUUUCCUCGUUCAGGUUAAAGAGAGGGUCUUGGAAACCCUCGCCUUUUCUUUGCUUCUUCUCCACUUCAUUCCGCUGGGGAAAAAAAAAAUUCCCUAUGGUUUCUCACUUUUGAUCUUCCGGCCGGUGCAAUUGAAUUUUCCGUUGAAAUGAUGGGCUCCCGCCAUUUCCUCGCCGGAGAUUAGUUGUCGGAAUUUCGAAAACCCUUAUAUGAAACCUGUAAACUUCUAUGGCAUCGGCCGUUUUACCGAGCAGAAAUGAAGCGCACUGGGAUGUUUUUAUGAGGAAAUAUACAAGUAAUUCCACUGCUCAUUCUCAGCUCAACAGCCGGUUCAACCCUAACCCUAACCCUAACCCUAACCCCAAUUUUAACCUUAGCAGACAAGUCCAAAAUGUUUCAGCCUUACCUCACCUCCGGCAAGGCAACGAGCCAUUGCCUAGGGCUGUUCCGUCGCCGGCGGUGGAAACGGCUAACACUAAUGUGCCGCCGUUCAGUUGGAAACCAAAUGCUGUUCAUGAUCUCAGCGACUCGUUUCACAGAGAGUACGUGACUUUCAAUUUGGCUUCUUAUUCGAGAAGAGAGUUGAAGGAUCUCAAGAAGCGGCUAAUCUCUGAUCUAAAUCGGGUCCGGGGCGUUCUGAACAGCAUCGAAUCCCAUGAUUUCGUCUCCAGGACGUCCAGAGAACUCGUACAGCCGACGGUAGCACCAGAGCUUCAGCAGAACCAACCGGCAUUGCCCCCGCAUCAUGAGAAACCUGGUGGAAAGAGCAAGAGCAAGAAGCUCUCUGGACAAAAGCGAGCUUUAGCGGCAUUAGCAUCGGGGAAAGAACCUAAGCGGCAGCCAGUGGUCGAAGGGGAUAAGUUUUUUGUAACUCUGAUGAGGAAGUGCCGGCAGAUAUUGGCGAAAUUAAUGAAGCAUAAGAAUGGCUGGGUGUUUAAUACACCAGUGGAUGUUAAGAGCCUGGGACUUUAUGACUAUUUUGAUAUCAUAAAGCACCCUAUGGAUCUCGGAACUGUGAAAUUAAGGCUGGACAGGAAUGAGUACAGAACGCCACAAGAUUUUGCGGCUGAUGUGAGACUGACUUUCAACAAUGCCAUGACUUAUAACCCUAAAGGCCAGGAUGUGCAUGCUAUGGCUGAAAAGUUCCUAGUUGACUUUGAAGAGAUGUUUAAACCAGCUUACAAAAAGUAUGAAGCUGAGCAUCAGAAGGUUGCAACUAUUAUGCAGGUGAAUUGCCAGAAGAAUCUGUCUCAGCCUGCACUAAUUCCGCCACCAAAUGUGUUACGUGGACCAUUGCCAGUUACAAAAAGAUCAGACCCUGAGCGAUUGCAUUCCACAUUGUUGAAUCAACACCAAUUUCAGGUACAGAAUUUGAGUGCACCACCUGCACCUUUUUUUGUAACCCCUGCAGUGAAAACUCCUCCACAGCAGCCUGUCAUUAUGCCUCGCACAGCUAAAUUGCCCAAGCCUAAGACUAAGGAUCCAAACAAAAGGCAGAUGACCUUUGAGGAGAAGGCAAAGUUAGGGGUUAACUUGCAGAAUCUUCCACCAGAGAAGAUGGGUCAUGUGGUGCAAAUUGUGAAGAGGAGGAACCCUAAUGUGGCACAGGAAGAUGACGAGAUUGAGCUCGACUUCGAGGUCCUUGACAAUGAAACGCUAUGGGAACUGGAUAGAUUUGUAAGUUACCAUAGGAAGGCUCUGAGCGCAAUGCAGAGACAAGGAAUCACUGAAGAUGUUGCUGCCACACAGCUCAACAAGUCGCCUGAGAAGGCACCAACACCAGAGCAUGCAAUGCAGAAAAACAAGAAGGGGGACAUUGGGGAAGAGGAUGUUGAUAUCGGGGAGGAAAUACCAGUUGAAAACUUUCCUCCGGUGCAGAUUGAGAAGGAUGCCCCAUGUGCAAGUAGUGGGUCAAGCAGUUCUAGUAGCUCAAGUUCUGGCAGCGAUUCCUCUUCCAGUGAUUCAGAUUCAGGAAGUUCGUCUGAGAGUGAUUCUGAUGAGGAUAGUGUACAGUCACCUUAUGUUGAAGCAAAAGAGAUAUAAGCCAUUUAUGGGUUUGAUUAAGAAAUGUCGGUGCUGCUGGGUUUUAGGUCAAUUGAAUAGUGAAUAUGGUGUUUUUGUAUUAGGUUUUUUCCUUGGCUGGUUUUUGUACAUCUGUUUUUGCAGCAGCUCAGAAGAUGAUCAUAGUUUGGCUGGGUUUGGCUUUUUGGAAUUAUGACUAGCUCAAGAUUAGGAAUUGAGAGGUUUUAGUUAACUUCAGAGUAGAUGUUACAAUUGGGGACUGACAACAAAGAUUUGGGUUUAUUUUUUGCUUGUAUACAGAAAACCACCUGCUGAUUUUCAGUGUUUAGGGAGGAUAGGAGUAACUUGUACAGUGAAGACAUGACUGAGUUUACGAAACAAAGUUGUAGUCUCUAUUGACCCAAAGAUGAAGAAAUCUCUCGUUUGGCUCUUCUAUUUGAAAGCUUGUUAUUUCUC